UCCCUGGCCAAACCCUACCAGGGUGUGGGCACCGGAAGUUCGUCACUGUGGGACCUCUUGGGCAACGCCAUGGUGAUGACCCACCGUGUUACUUGAGAGACUGGGAACUGCAGGUGCAUUUCAGAAUCCACGGUCAAGGGAAGAAAAACCUAAACGGAGAUGGCUUUGCAAUCUGGUACACCAAGGAUCGGAUGCAGCCAGGACCUGUCUUCGGGAGCAAGGACAACUUCGUGGGGUUGGGAGUGUUCGUAGAUACCUACCCCAAUGAGGAGAAGCAGCAGGAGGCCCUGAAGAAGAGAUAUUCUCCAGGAGUCCAGCGAGUCUUUCCGUACAUCUCAGCCAUGGUGAACAACGGCUCCCUCAGCUACGACCACGAGCGGGACGGGCGGCCCACCGAACUGGGCGGCUGCACGGCCAUCGUGCGCAACCUCAACCAUGACACCUUCCUGGUGAUUCGCUACGUCAAGAGGCGCCUGACGAUCAUGAUGGACAUCGACGGCAAGCACGAGUGGCGAGACUGCAUCGACGUCCCUGGGGUCCGCCUGCCCCGCGGGUACUUCUUCGGCACCUCCUCGGUCACCGGGGACCUCUCAGAUAACCACGAUGUCAUCUCCAUGAAGCUGUUCCAGCUGACGGUGGAGCGCACUCGGGAAGAAGAGAAGCUUCACCGGGACGUGUUCCUGCCCUCGGUGGAUAAUAUGAAGCUCCCUGGUGUGUCACCCGCUGCGGAACCCUGGAGUGGCCUAGCCCUCUUCCUCGUAGUCUUCUUCUCGCUGGUGAUCGCCGUGUUCGCCGUCGUCAUCGGCAUCAUCGUCUACAACAAAUGGCACGACCAGAGCCGCAAGCGCUUCUACUGAGCCUUCCCCCGGCGGACGCCCCCGGGGCCGCGAGCGGAACCGGCGGGGCUCUCGGCUCAACCUGCGGCCCGCCCGGGAGUCCUCUGGCCUCGGCACCGGAGGUGACCGUUUGGCGGCCUCUUCCCGUCGGAAGGGGACAGGGGCCGCCUGACCUCGCUCUGUCUCGGGAGCUCCGCGUCCUGGGAUCCCGCCGCUCACUCUGGGAGAACCCCUGGGACCCCCGACUGGGGGUCGGGCACCCCCCACCCUUUAAUGAAACUGCAGUGUGCCUUCCUGGGAGCACUCCCUUCCCCCACCCCCAGCUAGGAGCCGGAGCGGGUAGGGAGACCACGCUCCCUGGGCCGUUCCCCAGUUGGAGUCCCGGACCGGUCGGCCAUAGCCCAGGCUACCUCAAAAGCAGCCAAGCGGAGGAGGAGCGACGACUUUCUUCUUAAAUCUCUGAAGCCCCGAGAAGUCCGCCUGAAGACUGGGACCCGCUUCUUUCGGCCCUCCUUAGCUACCUGUAUUCCACCGCGCUGACCUUUUCAGUCCGAGCCUCUCCUCCUGAUAAGCUUUUCUUCGAGAUGCCAGUGAGGACUUCUCUCUCCACCCCUUCCCCCCCGUUCCUCUUCCCCUCCUGGAGUAUGUCUUCAAGAGGUCUGCCGGCGGGGCCCGGGCGGUUUCUCCGUGCCAGUCCUGGAGCCGGUGGAGAAACGGGCGGUUCCUUGGCUCUCGCUUUCAGAGGGGUCGGCGGGGGGAGGGAGAUCUGCUCUCGCCGGAUGCCCCCACCUCCCUCGCCCAGCCUUCCGUCGCCUGUUUGCUGGUUCGAAUUGGCCUGGGGGUCCCCGGGGAGACUGAGUAAACUAGGCUUUGGGUGCAAAAACCUCCCGAGCGGGUCCUGGGAGAGCCUCCGGCCGGGACUCGAGCGUACGGAAGCCGAAGGCUGGGAGCCAUUUCCCUUCAGUGCGCUGGGGUUUCACAACCACUGGCUCCAGGCCUCAGGAACCUGCCUACAGGGCUUACUGGAACUGCUCCCGCCAACCGCCCGACCCCGGCUCACCGCGUGCGCUGUGCUCGUGUCGUUCCCGAGUUCCAAAAGUCGGGAAGAGUCUUCCUCUGCGGCCCAGACCCGGCCAUCCUCCGGGGAAAUCGGUUUGAUUUCCUCAGCGGGAGCGACAGGCUCCCUGCCCGGGGGACCGGCAGGGUCCCCGUCUCUUUACCUUCAUGGAAAGUUGUGACCACGGAGUCCAGGAUGCUCACCUCCCCGAACGAUCCCUCUGCUGCCGCCGCCACGUCUGUUCAGGUGCCCCGUGUUCCUCCCAGUCCCGAACCUUCCUCGUCCGGCCUGGUGGGGUCGGUCCCCCCAGGUGGGAUCUGGGGUCUUCGGGCUGGCCCCUCCCUUCCUCCUUCCAUCCCGUGCAGGGGAGAUUCCGAAAACAGCUGAAGGGUCGAGGGCAGGCUCGGUCCCCGUCCCGGUCCGUCUUCCGUCCCGAGCCCGGCCCGUCGCCGCAGCCCAAUUCCGGGGGAGGUGCCGUCGUACCGCUUAGCCUGAGAGGCCGGCAACCCGGACCCCGUUGCCCCUCGCCUUCCACGGCCCCGCGGCCGCCUGUGGCUUCGGCCGGACCGAGCCUCCGCGGUGUCCGCUCUCGGGGACCCGGGCGACUUGUUUGGGCCACGCACUCCGGACACGUGUGGGCUAUUUGCCUAGCGCGGCCCCGACUGCUGGGCCAGGGUUGGGGGCUCUUGAAAGGAGGAGGCGUCUCGCUUUCCGAAGCAGUGAAAGAAACCCGCAACUGAGGCCCGGGGCUGCGCCCGGGGCGGGCUUCCAGGAGGGAGCAAGUCCGCCGGGGAGACCAAGAGAUUGGGAAAGGUCUCGGGGAGAAGAGGGCGGAGGAGCCAUUCCCAGUUUGAAACCGAAAUGGAAGGCUGUGUAAGAGGAGGUGGGCGGGGAGGGGGCCGGCUCCCGUCCCAGCACAGCGUACGGUUUGUGCCGCUGGGUUUCCGGCGCCUACCGCUGAUCGCUGACGGUGGUCCGCCCCAAGCUACGCGUCUCUCCCUGAGGCGAUCGCGCCCCCUUUUUCCGAACUGGGCCGGGAGAGGGAAACUACCUAGCAGAGUGGAAAAAAAUAAAAGAGGAAAAUGAGAGUCCCACGUA